ACCAACCCCUUGGCUCACAGAAUUGUAUAUCUCUUCUCAAGAUGAUACUUGGACACUUGUUUGCUCGUUAAUCGAGGAAAUUUCUCGUGGACGAGAAAUGACGAUAAUUUGAUCAAUUAUUGAAUAAUUUUGAACCUUCAAUCGCUAGUAAUUUGGUAAUUAUAAAAGACUGCAUAUACAUAGCAGAUGAUGUCUGCAGGUAUGCGAUGCUAGGACUACACUGAAACUUGUAAUCUUCUAUAUGACAAUGUCGGAUGCUCACAGAUCGCAACCUCAACUUGUUAUGGACAGCCAAGGUAGAGUCCUCACGCUGGAUACAAAUCAAAAUAGUCCAAUCUUAAGACUUCCAACUGUAGAAGAAACUCUCAGAAGACUUGGAAACAAUUUUCAUUCUGAUCAACCAACACUGGAUAUUAAUAAUGACAGUUUGGACACACAAGCCGGAGCUACAUCUCUCGAUGAGGACACAUCUCGAAAUACUUUGUCAAAUAUAACGGAUACUGAGUUAUCCGUAGACGUCGCCGAUGGAUCAUCUUCUCUUACUAUUACUACAGAAAGUGCACCAACGUUAAGUUUGGAUGACGAUAGAAAGUAUUGUUGGGUUUGCUUUGCAACUGACGAAGAUGACGCAACGGCCUCAUGGGUGAAACCAUGUCACUGCAGAGGAACUAGCAAAUGGGUUCAUCAAGGUUGCAUACAGCGCUGGGUCGACGUCAAACAAAAAGGAAGAGCUGGUGAGGACGUCUCAUGCCCACAAUGCAAUACGGAGUACAUAAUAAUCUACCCGGACAUGGGUCCUCUUGUUGUCAUCUUGGACACAAUGGACAGUGUCAUUUUUAGAGUUUGUCCAUUUAUAGCAGCGGGUAUUGUCGUCGGCUCAAUUUAUUGGACCGCAGUUACAUAUGGUGCUGUUACUGUAAUGCAAGUGGUCGGUCAUAAGGAUGGUUUAACGAUGAUGGAACAGGCUGACCCUCUUGUCUUGCUGGUCGGUUUGCCAACGAUCCCCAUUAUGUUGGUUCUUGGAAAAAUGCUCAGAUGGGAAGACCAGGCUUUGAGUUUACUCAGGAGACAUGCCUGCAAAGUUCCAAUUCUCAGGCAUUUUCUGCCGAGCAGCUACAUCGACGAUGAUAGAACACAAUCGUCGGAAGUUCCACCGAUGAGUGAUCCCGUAUCUGCGACCAGAGUUUUGUGUGGUGCACUUCUUUUGCCAACUAUUGCUAGUAUUUGUGGAAAAAUUUUUUUCGAAAGUGUUAAUUCAAAUUUCCAGCGAACUUUGUUGGGUGGAAUGGCUUUCAUAACAAUAAAAGGGGCAUUUAAGAUCUACCAUAAACAACAACAGUAUGUCCGCCAAUGUCAGAGACGAAUUAUGGAUUAUACAGACAGUAAUAUUGCGUUGUAUCGAAGCCAUCAAAAUGGUGAAAGUGUAAUCAGAUAAAUUUUGAGAAUCGGUAAACACAAUUAUACCAUAUGCAAACACAAAUUUUGAGAAAUUCAACAUCCGGAAGUUUGUGUAAGGACCUGACGUGAAAAAAAAAAAAAAUAGAAUUUCAGGUUAAGGUACGCACGUGACACAAGAGUACAUGGUCAUACCAUCGGCCUAGUUGAUUAGAAUUAUACAAUCAUAUAUCAGAAAUGUAACAACUGCGGUCACAAAAGGAGAACAUGGAAUCGAUUUUGGUCGUUCAUGUCAAUUUCAAGAUCUUCCUUUUUUUCCUUCACUUAUUGCUAGUUACGGAAUGAGUGAAUAAGCAUUCGAUCCACUCAUUAGCGUAUACCCAUAGAUUGUCUUUAACCAUCUUACUUCAAAUAUUUCGAUCUAAAAUUGAAUAUUAGAGUAGAGGAUCUGCAAUUGCGAGAAGUGGCCCUUGAACGCGGAAAAUUACCUACUGGAAAUCAUCUGAAAACAAACUGAAAAUCACCAACAUUGUCCGUUACCGUAAUAAACACGCAAUGCAUCUAAAUCGUCAGUUUGACAAGCGCAAUUUGAUAGAACUCAAUUUUUGUUACGAAACCAUCAAUUAAUGAGAAUUGAAUUUUGUUAUCAUUUUUUUUUUUUACCGAUGAUUAAGGUUCCAAAGUUUUAGGAAAGGUUUGGCAUAUAUUGGAUAUAUUUUGUAAACGAAUUUUAUUUUAUCAAAACACUCGAUUUGGUGACCGUGUAGAUAAGACAUAAAAUAAAUAUUUCAUCAAAAUACA